AAAUCAAACACAUGAAUUAUAUAUUAAUAAUUAUAUUCCAAAAACUAAUGAUGGAAAACAAUGGGAAAAUUGUGUACGUUAUAUGAUAAGUAAUAUGAAUAAUACACUUAUAAAUUGUCCAAAUGGUUGGGUAUAUGAUCGAUCAAUAUUUGGAUAUACAUUUACUGAAGAAGCUGAUUUUGUUUGUCAUAAUGAAUCAAAAAGAAGUUGGUUAGCUACUGUUAUACAAUGUAGUAGUUUUUUAUUACUUAUUAUUGGUUCAUUUGCUGAUAAAUAUGGUCGAAAAAAAAUGAUUGUUAUUGUUACUAUGAUAUUAUUUUUUACAUGUCUUAUUACUCAAAUAAUAAUGCAAUGGAUACCAAUGACAAUAAAAACUAAAUUCAUUGUUUUAUUAUUCAAUCAAUUUGCAUCGGGUCUUGUCUGUUCAACUUAUAGUUUAAUAUUUAUUCUUGCACUUGAAUUAACAUCAGCAACAUAUACAGGUUUAGCUGGAAAUUUAAUAUUUAUUUCAUGGACAAUUGGUCAAAUUAUUGUUACUCUAUUUGCAUUUAUAACAUAUGAUUGGCAAAAAUUAAAAUGGGCUAAUACAAUUUUUAUUGGUUUAGGUAUACCAUAUCUUUAUUUUAUGCCUGAAUCACCAUUAUACAUUUAUGCAAAAGGACAAUAUGUAUUACUUGAAAAUAUUUUACGACAAAUAGCAAAUCAAAAUGGACGAAAAGAAACUGAUUGGUAUAUAUAUUAUCAAGAAUUUUUAUGUAAUCAAUCAAUAAAAUUAACACAUAAAAAACAAUUAACAUCUUUUCAAAAAUCUUAUCAAUUAAUUAUAAAUCGAACAACUAUAAUUAAAUUAUUAUUAACAGCUAUUAUAGGUUUUACAACACUUAUGAUUUAUAUUAAAAUAAGUUAUAGUUUAGCUAUGAUGGAUACAUCACCAUACUUAGGAAUAUUAAUUGGUGCUAUUGUUGAAGCAAUUAGUUAUAUUACAAGUUCAUUACUUAUAUCUAGUAGACUUGGUCGUAAAGCAAGUCUUAGUUUAGCUCAACUUGGAAAAUAUACAAUAUCUAGUACUACAGCUAUAGCAUGGAUAUUUGUAUUAGAACUUUUUCCAACUUCAAUUCGAAGUACGGCUAGUGGAGUUUUUAUUGUAUGUAGUCGUACUGGUGCUAUAACAGCACCUAUAAUAUAUACAACAAUUAGUAAUAAUUAUUUAUCAUAUACAUUUUAUGCAUCAGCAUUUUUAGCAUUUGUUGUUCUUUUAUUUUCAUUAAUGUUACCUGAAACAAAAGAUAAACCAAUGGAUAAUGUAACUGAUUAUACUACCAGUAUAACUGAUAUUUAA